GUCGCCACUACAAUAUAUUCUGCUCUUGCAACCAUCGCAACAUCUGAGGAUUGCUUAGGACGGCAGUAAUAAUAUUGUCGAGGCAAGAUGCAGAUUUUCGUCAAGACCCUUACGGGAAAGACGAUCACCCUUGAGGUGGAGUCUUCCGACACCAUUGACAAUGUCAAGUCCAAGAUCCAGGAUAAGGAGGGUAUCCCCCCUGACCAGCAGCGCCUGAUCUUCGCUGGCAAGCAGCUCGAGGAUGGCCGCACCCUCUCCGACUACAACAUCCAGAAGGAGUCCACUCUCCACCUUGUCCUCCGCCUGCGUGGUGGUGGCAAGAAGCGCAAGAAGAAGGUCUACACCACCCCCAAGAAGAUCAAGCACAAGCGCAAGAAGACCAAGUUGGCUGUCCUCAAGUACUACAAGGUCGACAAGGAUGGUGGCAUUGAGCGUCUCCGCCGCGAGUGCCCUGCUGACACCUGCGGUGCCGGUGUCUUCAUGGCUGCCAUGCCCGACCGUCAGUACUGCGGUCGCUGCCACCUUACCUACGUUUUCAACAAGGAGUAAAUUUAACCAAACUGCUUUUUCGGGUAUUGAAAUGGAUAUCGUUGAGGCGGAUCGUUGAAAAAUCACGACCGCUGCAAAAAUGGCGUUGAUGAUGUAGCAUAAAGAACAUCUUCGGUUAAUGAAUGACUUGAUUGAAACGUUGGCAUUAAAAAAACAAAAAAUUAUUAUAAGCUUUGUCCUCAGCAUAACAGUGAUGUCGUAAAUGGUAAAACUGCGUGCUGUAGCUACAGGCCGUUGUGCUGCUGGUGCACACGACCAAAACUUUUCUCGCAAGAGUGGACCAACCACCAGCGAAGUUUCCGCUCAGCUUACCCCGUCUUCUGGUAAGCUGCUGCAAUUGGACGCUACUUGGGCAAAUGGACAAUCCUAAUUGAGCUUAAUAAAUUCAUUGAAAAUAAAUUUUGCAUAUUCAGGUAUGCAUAUCAGUUACUGUACUCUUUAUGUCAUAAAUCUCCAAGUGUCAAGUUAAACAUCUCAUAUCCAUUGAUAACUGGAGUGUAUUAAUCCAGAAAUUUUGUACAUAAAAUCGCACUAAGCAUACGCGCAAAACGAUAAGAGAGCCAGCUACAAAGAAAAGAAAGAUCCGUAAUAACGCCGUGUGAAACCAAGUCCAGCAACAAACUCCAACAAUCAACCAACGUAGAUAUCUCUUUAGCGCAAUGCUGGGACAAAGUUCGAUGCAAAGAAAGCAAUAGACUUCUACUCGUCGUCAGCAGCCUCGGACUUUCUCUUCUUCUUCUUCUUCUUCUUCUCGCCGUCUUCCUCGUCAUCGUCGCUCUUGCGCUUCUUGUCCUUCUUGUCCUUCUUUUCCUUCUUUUCCUUCUUUUCCUUCUUUUCCUUCUUUUCCUUCUUCUCCUUCUUGGCAGAGGCGUAGAACUCAAGACGGUCCUCGACCUGCUGGCGGAGAGCCUCACCAAACUUGGUUCCAGGCUCCUCAGUGAAGCUGUCGAUACGGCUGGCCAUGGAGCACUUGUUGGCAAGGUAUCUGGAGAUACGGCCCUUGUUACGGACGUUGGCCUUGCCAAUGAAGCUGGAGUGGUAGAUGAGACCGUACUUGGGGGUGUUGCUCUUGCUCUUGAGGGCACGGAAGAGGGCCUUUUCGGCACCGAGAAUCUGGAGGGUAGAGGCAGGGUACUUGGAGAGAGUGGUCAAAGAACCAGCGUGGGAGAUGAGGCGGGCGGCAACAGGAGUGCCAAUGAGAGCCUGUAGGUUGGGGGCGACGUGGCCCAUCUUCUUCUCGAGGUAGGUGGAGGUGGACUUGCGGUUGGUGGCCUGCUUCACAACGGCCUGGGCGAGCUGGUUGAUGAUCUCAAGAUCAGUGUCGGUGAUGUCAAAGCCCAUGGAGACCUUGGCAGCGUCAAUGAUUUGCUGGGCAACCUCACCGUCCUCGCCAACAAUGGCAGCAAGGUCGUGGAGGGAGUCGUCGGUAAGAGACUUCUUGUUGCCAAUCGCAAUGACGAGCUUCGAGUAGGUCAAGUUGUCCGAGACAAUCUUGAUAAGCUCGGGGAAGUGCCAGCCGUACCAUUCGCGGACGCGCAUGAAGAACUGGUUCACGCCCUUGUCCUGGAAGUCGAGCGUGGCAGAGGCCUGGAUAAUGUGGUUGUCGUUCUUGGUGACAGAGAACUUGACCUUGGCGCGGGAGUAGGCGUGGCCCAUACCGAGACCGGCCUUCUCAAUGUCGCCAGGCUUGAGGUCGCUCAGAAGCUUGUCAGCGUGCUGGCGAAUGCCGCGGAGCACGUCAGACACGACCUCGGAGGUGUCGGCGGUUUCGCACUGGAGACCCUCGAAUUCGUUCUUGAUGGCACCAGCCAAGUUCUUCUCAGAUACACCGAGAGUGACCUUGCUCUUCUUGCCGCUCUUGGGCAGGUUAAGCUCGAGAACGUUCUUGAGGUAGUCGGAGCAGAU